UUUGUAGCCUAAAUAUUGUUUAAAUGCUCAAAAUCUGUAGAAUAUCCCGUGUCCUCCGAAGUUUUACUUAAUUCAAAUGUCAAACAGCAUUGCGUAUUCUCAGUAACAUCUGGUAGCAAAGCCUUGAAACAAAUUCUCAGUUCGACGAUCGAGCCUUCUACUGCUGGAUAUGUUGGUGCUCAUCAGCUGUAAAAUAACGUAGUGGCCGUCUGCAAACGCCUCUGCUUCUACUUCAUCUACAGUUCAACGAUCGAGCCUUCUACUGCUGGAUAUGUUGGUGCUCAUCGGCUGUAAAAUAACGUUGUCGCCGUCUGCAAACGCCUCUGCUUCUACUUCAUCUACAGUUCGACGAUCGAGCCUUCUACUGCUGGAUAUGUUGGUGCUCAUCGGCUCUGCACGCCCUUCAAGCGUAGGAUGAGUACCCGCAUACAUGAUCGACGUUCUUUUUGUUAUUUCGUGUAGGAAGGUUCAGUGCAAUACCAGUCAGAGAUGUUUGUCUUGGUCAGGAGAUAACGAAACAUUAGUUAGUUAUUCAAGAAAUUAGUAGACAUUUUAUCAUCUAGUAUGUUAAGCAUAUUUCUAGCCUGACGAAUAAUUUAACCAAAAUAGAGAUAGUAGUGGUAUUAGUAGUAUAUAGUGAAUUCUAAUCGUUCUUUUUCAGCCCCCCUGCCUGUUCCAGAACCAGCCCUAACGAGUGCUGGGGCUAAUGGAGAACCGCAAGCCUCCGAGUGGGUAGGUUCUGCCGGCCCCCCCGGCGUGGAGCAGACAGUGUUGGCAGCAGAUUUCCCCUCCCCUCGAUUUAUUUCCUCUGAGUCACUGUGCCUCAGUUGAAGAAUGGUUAAAUAACCUCCUUACAUAACAGAGCAAACUGCAUUCAGAGCUUCAUCGAUCAUGGAGGAGGUUCUUGAACAGCUUAUUCGAGAAACUUCUUCCAACAAGUAUGGGCAGAUACGUCAGGCCUGCAUUGAAGCCAGAGAUCUGCUUGAAUCUCAGGCUGCAUUAUUGCGCUCUCCACCUCAUGAACUGCGUGCAAACAUUGCGUUGAAGGCAAUGCAGUUAUCUUUGGAAUCUCGACAGUCAAAACUUGUAAGCUUAGCAGUUUCUGGUUUUUCAAAGUUACUUCGAGAUACUCAGUUUCAUAGUGGGUAUGAGGAAGAUGAUGAAACAACCUGGUUGCCAUGUCAGCUUCUUGCUUCUAUCCAGUCUGCCCUUUCAUCCAGAAGAGUUGCAGGUGGAGCUCCUAAAGGUAUGAUGUUAAUAUUUAAGAUUUAUGAAAAGGAAAGGAAGUUUUAGUUUUUGAGGUGUCAUUAAGGAAGCACAGAAUGAUUUAUGAAUCACUUUUAUUAAUAUAAAGUUGCCAAAAGUUUUUUUUUUUAGGCAAAGGUGUAGUUAGAGAUUUUGAAGUUAGGGGUCUUGGCACUUUGAACUGUCCAUUCCAUUUUUUACAAGUACACUGUACAUAGUACCUGUAAUUUUUUUUAUAUAAACUUCAUUAUAUGUAGUUACUGUUUGGAAAUACAGUUCCGUUCAUUUUCUUGUGCCACUAAAACAGGCGCGAUCAUAUCAUACUACUAGUUAUAAAAUAAAUUAUAUACAGUAGUGCCUCAGACUUCGAACUUAAUCCGUUCCUGAAGGCUGUUUGAAGUACGAUUUGUUCGAAAUAUGAAACAAAUAUCCCCAUAUGAAAUAAAGGGAAAAGGGGUAAUUCGUUCCAGCCAACCCAAAGAAUCCCCCUUUUCAUAUUUUUUUCUAUUAUUAAUGUGUUCAAAAGUUAAAUUAAGAGUCGAAAGUAGUAAAACAAUUCGAUAUAAGAAGUAAAAUUUUAUUUUAUGUACGAUUACAAACUAUUUGGUGAAAAUAGCGCAUGGUCGAUGGGGGGGUGGAGGGAGGAGAGAUCGGGACCCUUUGAGGGAACCAAAAUGGUGCUGUAGGCAAAGGGUGAUAAAAAGAAUAAGUUUUUAUUCAUAUUUUAAUAGGAUAAUCAAAGGAAUCAAUAGUG